CCGUUUCUAAGCAAAGAUGGCGUCCUUCGCUGCUGGAGACGGCAUGAGUGAUGCACAAACAGGGAAAAAAUCAAAAAAGACCAAAAACCAGGUGGAUGAGUCUGAACUCUUGACUGUUCCUGAUGGAUGGAAAGAGCCGGUGUUUACCAGAGAGGAUAACCCCAGAGGUCUGCUGGAGGAGAGCAGCUUUGCCACACUGUUUCCUAAAUACAGAGAAGCCUAUCUGAAAGAGUGCUGGCCGCUGGUGGAGAAGGCGUUAGGAGAGGCUCACAUUAAAGCCUCCCUGGACCUGAUAGAGGGAAGCAUCACAGUUUGCACCACUAAGAAAACUUUUGAUCCCUACGCGAUUGUGAGAGCGAGAGACCUCAUCAAGCUACUGGCCAGGAGUGUCCCGUUUGAACAGGCUGUGAGGAUUUUACAGGAUGACAUGGCGUGUGACAUCAUCAAAAUUGGGACUCUGGUGAGGAACAGGGAGCGGUUUGUGAAGCGAAGGCAGCGCCUAAUUGGUCCCAAGGGCUCCACCCUUAAAGCAUUGGAGUUAUUGACUAACUGUUACGUGAUGGUGCAGGGCAACACGGUGUCGGCUGUCGGGCCCUUUAGCGGCCUCAAAGAGGUCCGUAAAGUCGUGAUGGACACUAUGAAGAAUAUUCACCCCAUCUACAACAUAAAGACUCUGAUGAUCAAACGAGAGCUCUCCAAAGACCCCGACCUGCGGAUGCAGAGCUGGGAACGCUUCCUGCCCAAGUUCCGCCACAAGAAUCUGGCCAAGCGCAGAGAACCAAAGAGGAAGAGCGUGAAGAAGGAGUACACACCGUUCCCCCCAUCACAGCCAGAGAGCAAGGUUGACAGGGAGCUGGCCACUGGAGAGUUCUUCCUGCGUGAAAGUGUGAAAAAGAGAAAGAAGAUGGAAGAAAUUAAGAUUAAACAAGCAGAAGCUCUGACCAAAAAGCAAGAAGAGCGAAACAAAGCGUUCAUUCCUCCUAAGGAGAAGCCGUUGAUGAAGAAAUCAACUAAAGCCCCGACAGAAGGGAAGCUGGACAUCGAUGCCAUCAAGGAGAAAGUGAAAAAAGCCAAAACAAAGAAACUGGGAGCCCCAACAGUGAACGCAGCAGCUCCUACAAACACAACCAGCAAAAAGAAGAAGCACAAAGGCUAGCGUCAGAUUUAAACCACCACUGAACUGAGCCAGCCUGUACCAUGACUCAUGGUAUCUAUUAGACUUUAAGAGGACACAGAAAGACGGGACUUGUGCUUGGGUCACAAACUCUUGGACUUUUUAUUAAAGACAUUUAAGGACUUUUUUCCAUAUUUACAUUUAUGAUGAGACCAGCUCUCUCAAAUGAGAUGAACCAACACUGAUAAUAUUUCCCUCUUACUAACUGUGUGGUCAAUAUUUUUAUGUUUUAAAGAUAGAUGUCUCUGUUAUUAAGAGUUAUGUGUGUUGAAAAGAAGUAAAAUUUAAAGAUUAA